CACGCUAACUAUAGCCAUGUUUAUCCCAGUUUAGUUCGUUUGACGUUUCAUGAAACAGGAGUUCAUUUGCGUGACAGUCGGACGGGCUGCUGUGUUACAUGUUGGUCUUUCUGGCAGCUGAACAGUGUCACUUUCCAUUCAGAAACAAGGCGAGGGAAGCGAGCUAAGCCCCUCGCAGCUAGCUAACAGCUGCUUAGCUUUGAGGAGAGUAACGUCGCUGUGAGGCAGCCAACCAGGCACAAAGCUUCUAUGAGCUACGACUGUCUGCCCCGAUCAGAGGAUGUAUCCGCCUUCCAGAAAGGACUUCAUCUCUCUGACACUCAGUGAUCCGCACAGCCACUCCUACAACAACGGCAAGCACCGCAGACAGUCCUGCUGGAGGAAAUGGAAGCAGCUGUCUCGGCUCCAACGAAGCCUCAUCCUGUUCCUGCUGGCUCUGCUGCUCAUAUUUGGACUUCUCUCCUAUCCAAGCAUCACAAAGCAAUGGGGAGGGUUGGCGGACAGGGAGGACUGGCUGGAGCUGAAUGACAGAGAGCUGAAGGCCAUUCCUCCAGGUGUGAAGCCUGUGUUGGGUCCAGUUGCAGAUAAAGCUCCCGUUCCUGUGGCGAGGCCACAUGUGGGACCAGCUGUGGGACCAGCUGUGGGACCAGCGGUUGGACCAGCGGUGGGACCAGCGGUGGGACCAGCUGUGGGACCAGCUGUGGGACCAGCUGUGGGACCAGCUGUGGGUCCAGAUGCUGUGGCGGAGCCCAGAGGACCAAACACCCCCAUUUUGGCAAAACCUCCCACUAAGAAAAAGACAUUUCCGAACAAGAGAGGUCCGCCGAGCCUACAGAAAGAUGGAAACGUUUCAGAUACAGUCGGUGGGGAAAAGCAAGAGCAGGAGGUUGUUCAAGAUGGAGGAGGCGGGGAUGAGGAUAAAGAAAAGAAGCUUGUCAGCUGGAGAGGAGCGAUGAUUGAAGCCGACCAGGCCACUGAGCCUCCACCCUCCCCCAAUGAGAAAGAAGCUGCAGCGCCCCCAGCCAACCCUGCUGACACUGUCCCACUAGAAGUUUCAACUGGAAAAGUGGACAGACUGGAGGCAGUACGUGAUGCCUUCAGACAUGCGUGGAAGGGCUAUAAGGACUUUGCCUGGGGUCAUGAUGAGCUCAAGCCCAUUUCCAAGUCUUUUGGCGAGUGGUUUGGACUGGGUCUGACCCUCAUUGAUUCCCUGGACACAAUGUGGAUUAUGGGCCUAAAAGAAGAGUUUGAAGAAGCAAAGACCUGGGUAGAGAAAGAGCUUACCUUCAACAAGAAUGUGGACGUGAAUCUUUUUGAGACGACCAUCCGUGUCCUUGGGGGCCUGCUCAGUACCUACCAUCUUACAGGAGACCAACUCUUUCUAGACAAAGCAAAAGAUCUCGGGUCCAGGUUGAUGCCUGCCUUCAAAACUCCCUCAAAGAUCCCAUUCUCAGACGUCAACAUCGGGAAGGGAACAGCCCACCCCCCUCGCUGGACGUCUGACAGCACGCUGGCUGAGGUGACGAGCAUUCAGCUGGAAUUCAGAGAGCUGAGCCGCCUCACCCAGGAGCCACAGUACCAGGAGGUUGUGAAUGAGGUAAUGAAGCUGGUCCACAAGCUGCCAGGCAAACAUGACGGCCUGGUGCCCAUGUUCAUCAACACCAACAGUGGCCAGUUCACGCACAAAGGAGUCUUCACACUCGGUGCCAGGGCAGACAGCUACUAUGAAUACCUGCUUAAACAGUGGCUCCAGGGAGGCAAAACAGAAGACGACCUGUUGGAGGACUACCUGCAGGCCGUGGAGGGAGUAAGAAAACACCUUGUGAAACAGACGGGGCCCAGCAGACUGACCUUUGUGGGAGAGCUGUCCCACAACCGCUUCAACCCUAAGAUGGAUCACCUGGUGUGCUUCCUGCCAGGAACCUUGGCACUGGGGGCCCACAACAACCUUUCAGGGGACCACAUGGAUUUGGCAGUGCAGCUAAUGGAGACCUGUCACCAGAUGUACACACAGAUGGAGACCGGGCUGAGCCCAGAGAUCGCUCACUUCAGCCUGCAGGCCAGUGAUGGGCGUGAUGUUGUUGUCAAGCCUGCAGACAGACACAACCUGCUGAGACCAGAGACAGUGGAGAGUCUCUUCUACAUGUACAGAUUCACCAAGGACACUAAGUACAGAGACUGGGGAUGGGAGAUACUGCAGAGCUUCAAUAAGUACACUAAGGUCUCCGGUGGUGGCUACACAUCCAUUAACAAUGUCCGCGACCCUGUUAACCCCGGCCCCCGGGACAAGAUGGAGAGUUUCUUCCUGGGUGAGACGCUGAAGUACUUGUAUCUGCUCUUGUCUGACGACGUGGAGCUGCUCAGUCUAGACAAGUAUGUCUUCAACACGGAGGCCCAUCCUCUCCCCAUAUGGCCCUCACCACCAAAGUGAUGUCGCCAUACAGUCGACGUCUGUUAAAAUCAGACCCGCAGAGUCCUGUAUGAGUCAAAGACUGUCACUGGCGCUCAGCCGGGCACAUCUCUAAGCAACCAUCCAGGCUGGACUGCUGUGUCAAGCAGUGAAGCAGAUCUGAGCUGUCCACCUGUACUUUGAUGCAUUUCCAUGUGAAGGAGUUUUUUUUUUUCCCUUUUUCUUUACUUUUUCUAAGGAAGAGGUUUGUGUUAGAGCUGGUCUCUAAUGAUAAAAACUUUUUUUAAAAUCAGUUGUGAUGAGCUGGAGCUAACGGGAAACAAAAAGAAGAAAGUGGGAGUGCUUUAUCACUUGGUGACGGGGAGAAUUCUUGUAUUUACUCUUUGUGUUUCCCCCAUGUGCGGUAAAACCCUCAUUGUUCCUACAUAGUCAGGUGUCAUGGCUGUGAAGGAGUCAACAAAUGCGAUGUUUGAAGGUGCAGUAACCAGUGAUGGUAAUGUAUGGAGUAUGUGAAGCUAAAUUCAUAUUUAAACAUGUUGCUCUAAUGAAGGAAUCACAUUGUUUGCCCUUGCUUUGGCAACAUUCAAUGCACUUGCUCAUGUAUUAAUCUGAUGUAAAAUAAGUGAAGUUAGGUCUAGUUAGAACUUUUUAAUCCCUCUCAGGACUUUGUUUCCCUGUACUGUCCCGUCCUAAGUGUUUGGGAGCAGUGGGCGGUUAAAGUGCAGCGUCAGGGACCAGUUUCACUUCUGAGGCCAGUGCCUUGGCAAAAAGCAAAGGCAGAGUAUUCCUAAUAACUAACGUGCAUGUCUUUAAUUAAGACUCUGAGGCCAUCAGAUUAAAACAGUGGCUAUAAUGCUUAUUUUCACUCAAAUGGGACAGUUAAAGAGCUGUGAAGCCCCAGAGAGCAUUGCACUUCAGAUUGAUUACUUAUUGGUUGAUUACUUAUUGGAUCACUUUUGCACAUGUGGCAAUAAUGGCUUAGAUACUGAAAGACAAGAAGUUAAAUCUGAAGCUCACUGCACACACACACACCUUGUUGUGUGUUCAAAGGGAAAUCUGGUUGUUGAAUGAUCUUUACAUUUAGUGCGAAGUCAUGUUUUUUUUUUUUUGUUUGUUUUUUUUUUGGUCGUGGUACUGUGACCUAAAUGUUUGAAAGUAAAGUGUGUAUAAAGGUGUAAUGAAUGAAUCAGUCCUGAAUGAUUUUCAGUCCAGACUGAACACUUAAUGACACAGUGUUUUACUGAUGAAUGUAGACAUUUGAUUAUUUGUUUGUUUUUUAAUUUUGCCUUUUUGUCACGGAGGAACACUAACAUGCACGACUGUACCCUGCUUUUGAGUCUGAUCCUGGUUUUGAUUAUAUUCACACUUGUUUUAUAUGAAUUAAAGGGGAAUGGUCUGAGGCGACCAUGCAAUUAGAUCAAAGUAAACCGCCUGAGUACAUUAUCAUUUCCCCUGUCGGGGACGAGAUACUGUACACACAGCCGUUCAUUCAUCCACUCUCCAUAGAUGACUUGUUUAAGAAGUGAAGUUUGUUGAAUAGUUUUCUUCAUACUUGAAGGAGUUUGAUUCAUUGCUGUUUAUCAAUCCCUGACUCCCUGUCAAAUGUGAUGAAGAGCAUUGUGGGAGCUCUUUUUUUUUUUCCAUACGGUGAUGUUGACAAAUCAUUUUGAAGGACGUAUCCGGCCUCAUGUGUCUGCUGCUUUGAAGAUGGUUCAGUUCUUCUCUCUAUAAAGGAUCUUGAGGUUCUGUUUUGAUGGACAGCAGUGUUCCAGUUUUCACCAUCUUAUUCUUGUUAAUGAACUUCAUCCAACAGAGAGCCAUAUGCUAACCCACGCCAUUGAAUGUGCACCACGUUUGCCAACGCUCUGCUGUGCCUGUUGAAAUGAAUAUUGUGCUAUGGUGGUUUGUUUUUUUGUUUUGUUUUUUUGUUUUUUUAUUGCUGCUGUAUCAGUGGUGUUUAUUUGUGAAGUGUUGGGUGUGAAAGUUUGAUUUAUGGCUCGUAUUUUUACUCUGGAUGGGUGGGUGAAAAAACAACAUGGGUGUACAUAUUUUGUGUAAAUUGUUUCUACUGAAUCAAACCUGUGUGUCUGCUGGUAUUUGAGAUAUUUCCCAUCUUAAUGUUCUUUGCCAUCACAUCAAAAAAGUUUGGCUUUAAGCAAGUCUUUACUCUUCUGCAUUUCCAAUGUUUUUUUUUUUUCCUUGAAAUCUUUCAUAAAUAUUAUCAUGAUGGUUUAAAAACCCCUUUCAGACAUGGAAUUUGUAUCAUUUCUGCAUUCACCUGUCCGUUAAAGCUGUCAAAGUCUGUUCAAUGUAUGUUCAAUGGAUAGAGCUGCAAUACUUGCACACUUAAUUGCAUGUGUAAUUUAUUCUGUCUAGUAAUGUCCAUGCAAAGUUAAAAUAUGCUAAGACAUCAUUUUCACAGACUGUAUGUGAAGAGCAGGCCGCAUUAAUGAUGAUUUAAGACUUAUGAGACUGAUGUCUGAUUUAUUUUAUUUUUUAGUUUUUUUUUAUGUCUUUUGUCCACAGAGUGAACUCCACGUCUGAAAGGGGCCUACAGAUGCUCCAUGACUCUUACCUCAUUCUGUUAUGGUUUUGAUGAGUGUAAUAUUCUUAAUGUAAUUAUACUACAACUAAAUCUGCCAGCAACAUUUCACACUUGAUGGGAUGAAGCUGGCAUUAUUCUGUCGUUUUCCUAGUUGUCAUCAAAUUCUAUGAAAAACCAACAACGUGUUAGUCAGCUUCUUCCCAAGCCUGUCUGUGGCACUGGUUCCUUCUAAAAAUGUAAAUCUUCAAAAAUGGCUCACAAAUAUGUAGUUUCAUUUUUUUCUUUUUUAAGUCUCAGAAAUUCCCUCAAACAGCUGGGCAUUGUAGUUUUUAACAAAUAUUCAAAGAGGAGUAAACAGUGCAUUUGUUGGGGACUAUCUUCAGCUGUGGAUUAAUAUGCAUUUGGUGCUCUAGCAGGGGCAAGAGAAUGGUGUAUGUGGGUUUGAGUCAAAAUAAGUUACAGAGUGUGUAUAUUAUUGAAGGAACGUCACCCAGUGCAACAGUGUGGCUCACUGAUGUGUUUUCAAUAGUUUUUGGAAACAGUGGAGCUCUGUGGCAAAGAGGAAUAAGAUACAUGAGGCUUUGGCUACACAGGCAAUACUUUGAAAUAUAUUUCUACAUUGUUUUUGCAUUUACAUUUAUUCAUGUGGCAGAUGUUUUUGUUCAAAGUGAUAUACAAUUGAGGAACAGUCCAAGCCACAGCGGAUCGAUGUGAUCUUAUUGUCUCAUAUCAACAAGGACACAGAUUUUGCCUUUCCAUUUUUAUGAUGCAAGUAAAGCAGCUUUAUUUUUUAGCUUGAUCUGUAGUAACCAGUAAUACUGCCAGAGACAGUGAAUGACAGGUUCUUCUCAUUGAUAAAUAUUCUGCUCUCUCUCUUAUUAGCCUUUAUAUCAUAUAUUCAUCAUCACUGUUUUGUGUUAAGUAACUGAUGGUAACCGAAGAGAUAAAAGAAGACAAAAGACUCAUUGAGCUCCUCAUUGAGCUCCAUGGUGAGCUCCCACAAAACCUAUUUAAAUUCACUCAGCUCUGGCAUUUCAUAUUGUAAUGGUUUCACAGCUGAUUGCUCCACCUUAAAUCAUUCAUUAUUUUUUUUUUUUAAUGGAAUUAGGCGGUCUAAUCUAAUCUGACUUUUUUUUUUUUAAAUAUAAAACUCUUAGAGUAGUAAAAUGGAUUCUGCAGAGGUUGUUUUGCAAAAGCCUGUUGAGGAUUUUAAGGUUUUUUUUUUUUUUUUUUUUUAAAGUGGAGGGUUUAAUGUACAGUAUUUGAUCUACUCUCUUGUCACCUGAUUGGCCAAAUCUCCCUCUUUUGAUGAGACUGCUAAUUAUUCUUAAUGUAAUUACUAAUGAAUCCAAGCCAUAUCAAAAUGACAGCUCUGUUAUUUAGAUGUAUGUAGGCUACAGAACAACAGUGUUGUUGAUUGUUUCUUGCCUGCAGAGGUUCCUGCUUCACUGGCUGUGACCCUGUGUCAGGGACUAUCGACAUGGAUCAAUAAUGUUUAGUGCUUGAAAAAAAGACACAUCUUGACACAGCGGCCACUUCUCCAUGGUGAAAGAGCCUCUCUGUUGGCCUAUAAGUCAAUAAUCCAUCUAAAUAUUUUUGAGAAGUAUUCAUUUUAAAUUAGAAAUUACUUUUCACUUUUCUGUUUACUGCAGUUUUGAGAGCUGACACAGUUUCAGCACUUUCUCAUUUAUGUUUCUUCUUUUCAUGGUUUCUUACUUACCAUCAAACCCAUGUUCACUGUACAGAUGACUGAGCACUUUGUGGCUUAUUGCAAUGUUCACCAAAUUCAAACUAUUUUCCUGCCAACUACAUUUUUAAAUAAAGCUUUUCAGUGAACGUUUUGUACUGUA